AUGGAACACCAAAUUUCGCCUGCCAUUUUGGAAGGCUCUGGAAGCGGUAAUAUCAUUGCAACGGUUCCUAAAAACGCAGAUAGACGAUCGCGGAUUGAGAGGGUGUUUCCCAUCCGUAUCGAAACAGGGCCGGAAGUUAUUGGCCCCACGUCUAACGGUUCUGAUGUUACAAAAGAUCAAAAUGUGCCAAAUACAACAGCUCCCAUGGCUGUGCCGGUCGUUGCAGCUGAGAGCGAAGGUGCCAUUAAUCAAAGACAUCCAAAGGUCGUUUUAGCAGAAUCUUGCCGGCCAUUAUCACCAUCUGAAAAUACUUUUAUUACAACUUCAAUUCAUCAUUUAAUUUCUGAUAAUAAGCCAAUUCCAAACCAUGAAAUUAAUGAGGUGGUACUUCGUUGCGAGGAUGAGCCCAUUCAAAUUCCUGGAUCCAUCCAAAGUUUCGGAGCAUUAUUAGCCCUGGAAGAGAAAGAAGACGGGCGAUUCCUGGUCCGGAUCGCAAGUGAGAAUUCUGGAACCAUUAUUAAUCGCGGGCCUGAAGAUUUAUUUGCGCUCUCUUGCUUCACUCAGCUAUUAAGCCCAGUGUAUGAAUCGGACUUCAGAGCCCGGAUUGAAGCCAGAAAACUGUGGCAUCAGAAAGAACAUCUCAAAGCAUAUCCAGAUAUUUUCACGAUGAUGCUUGAGUCAACUCCGCAAACCCCUAUGUAUUGUGCCUUGCAUUUUCGUGAGGAUGCGGGCUUAUUCAUAUGCGAGUUUGAGGCGAAGAAUGAUAUAUUGAGUGAUAUCCCUCCGGAGGAUUACAAUUUGCCUGGGGAAUCCGUCAACGUUAUUGAUAAUCAGGCUACAGAAGAAGAGCGAAUCGUAUCAACCACAAAAUAUAGUGAGCCGUUUCGCACGAUACAAAGGACCAAGAACAGACUUGGUGAGAUGGAGAUGUUUCAUCUAGGCUGUGAGGUCCAGGAACAGCUUAAUUCAGCCACCUCAAUAGCUUCUCUGUUAGACAUCGUCGUUGGUCUCGUUUUUGAUCUGACGGGAUUUCAUAGGGUCAUGGCUUACCAGUUUGAUGAAGAUGAUGCGGGGCUGGUUAGAGCGGAGUACAUUGAUGAGAGAGCUUCAUUAGACCUCUAUCGUGGUCUCAAAUUCCCAAAUACUGACAUUCCAAUCCAGGCUCGCCAGCUCUAUGCGCUAAACAAAAUACGAUUGCUGUAUGAUCGAACAGCAAAGACAGCGAGGCUCAUGUCCUCAACCAAACAACAUAACCCCAAAACUCUCAAUCUUUCAUCGGCAUAUUUGAGGGCCAUGUCACCUGUUCAUAUCAAAUACCUUAAAAACAUGGGUGUGCGGGCAUCUUUCUCAAUCUCCUUGAUUGUAGAAGGACGGCUUUGGGGCUUGAUCUCUUGCCAUGAUUAUGGCCUAGAAGGGAAAAGAGUUUCUUUUCCAAUGAGAGAGCUUUGCCGAAGCCUAGGUGAUUGCACAAGCAACAAUAUCGAGAAACUACUCUACCUUUCCCGGAUACAAGCGAGAAGACAUCUCGGCAAAGCACCUCCGAAAGUCUCGCCAUCCCAAUAUGUUGCCGCCUCAUCCAGAGAUCUUUUGCAGAUGUUCGAAGCAGACUUUGGCUUUCUAGCCAUAAAAGAUGAAGCAAGAACGAUCGGUCGCCUCUAUGCCUACAACGAAAGCAUUUCUUUACUUCAAUACAUUCGCAAAAAGUCUCAUACAUCAGUGUUUUGCACUCAAAGCAUAUCCGCAGACUGCACAGAUAUCAUGUUUCCCGCCCGCUUUGUUUUGAUCUCUGGAUUUCUUGUGAUUCCAUUGUCUCUGUCAGGAAAUGAUUUCCUGGUAUUUUUCCGUAAGGGUCAAGUGAAGGAAGUCAAGUGGGCGGGGAAUCCAAACGAGAAGAUCUACAAACCUGGAACACAGUACCUUGAGCCAAGAGCAAGUUUCAAAAGAUGGAGCCAGCAUGUUGUAGGUACUAGCCGGGAAUGGACGCGGGAGCAAGUGGAGUCGGCAGGAGUCCUAAGCGCAUUAUACGGAAGGUUUAUUGAAGUCUGGAGACAAAAAGAGGCUAUUGUACAGCAGAAUCGGAUGACACGAUUGUUGAUACGACAAGCCGGAGCUGAAGUGCGAAAUCCAUUAAAUGCUAUAAUUGGUUACCUUGAAAUCGCACUUGAGGAUGAACUCGACGAAAAAGCACGUCUGCAUCUUGAGAAAUCUUUAGGCGCAUCAAGGUCACUUAUCUUUGUGGUGAAUGACCUUCUUAAUUUGACAAAGGCAGAAGGAGAAGAUCCGGAAAUGUCUCAUGAUAAUGUUGUUUUGUCAGAAAUGAUGAACGAUGUCAUCGAUGAUUUCGGGGAUGAAUGUCAAAAAAAGAGUUUACAUAUCAAAUUCGACGAAAGCAAUGUCCCACCGAUGGUAAAGUGUGAUGGUAUGCGUUUGAGACAAACUAUUUCAAACUUACUUUCUAACGCUGUCAAACAUUCGACUGCUGGUGAUGUGGUUGUUGGAUUUAAGAAUGUUGAAACUGAUGAUGAUGAUGAUAAGACUCGAGUCGAAAUGUUUUUCACUGACAAUGGGUCUGGGUUCACUGAACCUGAACUUGACGGCAUAUUCCAAGACUUUGAGAAAGUUCUCGACGACGACCAAGAGGUAGAUGCAUCACCAUGCCUCGAUGCAGACAAAUCAUCAAUUGGUCUAGGACUAGCCGUAGCAGCGCGAUUCGUGCGACUCAACGAUGGCAAAAUAGUUAUAAAUACGGAACCAGGACACGGAACCACAGUCACCGUAUCAAUACCAUUCCGCAAGUCCAACGGAGGACAUUCUUUCAAUGCCAGAGCUCCACGAGGAGACAUCUCAAAUGCAUCCACCAGUAGCGAAACUCCCAAGUCUGAAAGUAGCAAAAGCUGCGACACGCCCGAGAGAUUCCAGGUCCCUCCUCCAACUCCCCUCAAAGAACCUUUCCUUACAUCCACGACGGAAAUACUCGAAUCACCCGAAUCAGCACCCGGCACCUUAGCUUCUCAAUCUUCACCAUCUCUCCCGCCUCCAUCUCAAUCAUCACUCUCCGUCAAAUCCGUGACGACAAACUCCGACUACCAGCUUCAAUAUCCUUUCCCUAUCAUGGAUUUGCCUCCUCAACCCGAAAUUCGCAAUCUCAAUGUCCUAGUUGCAGAAGAUAAUCCUCUCAAUAGUCGACUUUUGGAAGAACGGCUCAGAAAGCGAGGCCAUGUGGUGACUGUUAAGGUAAACGGACAAGCUUGUGCGGAUGCCGUGUUAGCUACUCCAGAUGGUUUUGAUAUCGUCUUGAUGGAUAUACAGAUGCCCAUAGCCAACGGCUUCCAAUCCACAACCAUGAUCCGCACCUCAGAGUACCUAAACACACCGCCCAUCUCCCGCCGCGCAAAAGUCUAUGGUCGUCUACCCAUCAUAGCUGUAUCCGCUUCCCUAGAAGCAACCAAACGCGAAGAAUACAUCGAGCGCGGAUUCGACGGCUGGAUACUCAAGCCGAUUAAUUUUAAGAAGUUGGAGGAGAUACUGGCUAGUGUGGAAGAUGAUGCGAAGAGAGAGAAAUUGUUGUAUGGAAAUAAGGGGGUGGUGUGGAAUAAGGGGGGUUGGCUUAAAUUGAAGAGUUGCAGUGGGAGUGGGGGUGUGGGUGGUGGUGGCGGAAGUGGUGGUGGUGAAUUGAGUUGA